AUGGCACCAGAAUACACUAUUAGUCGGCUGUUCUCUAUCAAAUAUGAUGUAUACAGCUAUAAAGUACUACUACUAGAGAUAGCUUGGAGAAUGUGGAAAGAGGACUCUCCUAUGAUAUUAGUAGAUGCUUCUUUGGGUGACUCCUUUAACAUAUCUGAAGCAUUACGCUGCAUUCAUGUUGGUCUACUAUGUGUGCAGCUACAUCCAGAUAACAGGCCAAAUAUGGCAUCUGUGAUUUUUAUGUUGAGUGGUGAAAAUAUUUUGCGAGAACCUAAGGAACCUGGUUUUCUUGUUGCAAGGAUGAAAAAUGUUGGCGAAUGUUCAACUAGCAAUGCAAUUAGUACUUGCACUAAUGAAUUAACUAUAACCCUGCCACAUGCUAGGUAG